CGCGCAUAAAAUGCGCCUGAUCUCAGCGAAAAGCAAACAGAUCCGGAGAAGCUGUGGCCGCGGGUUUGCGGGCGCAGAUGAGUGCGCAACAGUGAACGCAGUGAUCUGUUCUUAGGGGAUACAUAACCCGGAGGACUGUUUCCUCAGCACAAUUAAACCUCUGCUAGCUGCUCGGUAGCCGCAGGCAGCGCUGGAACUCCGACCUCUCGGCGCUGUUGCUGCCAGGAUCCGGUGGCAGUUUAAGGGCGAUUCACGUUUUCUCACGGUCCACACGUUCACGGGGAGCUUGGUAGCCCCGUCUAUAGUUUUUUUUCCACCUUCGCCUGUUAGACAUAUUCAGCACCAACGUUCUGGAAAAUGACUGGCACAGUAAGCAGUUUGUUUGCCGCUCUUGUGGUGUUGCUACUCUGGCGUGUGGAAGAAAUUGCGGAAGCUUGCAGCUGCUCACCCGUGCAUCCUCAACAGGCAUUCUGCAACGCAGACGUAGUGAUCAGGGCCAAGGUGGUCGCAGGGAAAGAGGUGGAUUCUGGGAACGACAUCUAUGGCAACCCCAUCAAGAGGAUCCAGUAUGACAUCAAACAGAUUAAGAUGUUUAAAGGUCCUGACCAGGACAUCGAGGUGGUGUUCACCGCCCCCUCCUCGGCCGUGUGCGGGGUGACUCUGGACACCAACGGCAAGAAGGAGUACCUCAUCGCAGGCAAGGCAGAGUCUAACGGCAAGAUGCAUGUGACCCUGUGCGACUUCAUCGUGCCCUGGGACACCAUGAGUCCCACGCAGAAGAAGAGCCUGAGUCAGCGCUACGAGAUGGGCUGCGAGUGCAAGAUCACCCGCUGCCCGUCUCUGCCCUGCCUGAUCAGUGCCCCGGAGGAGUGCCUGUGGACGGACUGGGUGAUGGAGAAGAGCAUCAGCGGUCGCCAGGCCAACCACUACGCCUGCAUCAAGAGGAGCGACGGCUCCUGCGCCUGGUACCGUGGCGUUGCACCGCCCAAGAAGGAGUUCCUUGACAUCGAGGACCCCUAAUCUGGCAGCCCGCUGCACAGCCCGAUUAAAAAAAAAAAAACAAAAAAAAAAACACCUGCACACAAUUUUUUAAAUUAAAAAA